ACGUUUUGGAGUGCGAGAGGGAAUGAAUAAGAACAAUCAGAAGUCUUUACUUGCAUCAAUGCCCGUUAUUAUUUCUUCUGCUAUAAGUACCUAAGAACUACCCUUGAUUUUCCUCACACAACUACAUAUUCUCCAGUUUCAAGUAAAAAUCUUGAGCUUUUCCUUUUGCAUAAUGGCACCUUCUUUGAAGUUUUUCCUCUUAACUUUCCUUGUCGUGCUGUUAUUCUCCAAUAAUUUUUCCAUCACAACUGCUCGUUUAGUUUCAAACAGGAUGCUUAGCGCUAAUGGCUUGGGUGAUGCUGUCGGUGGAUUGGUUGGUGAGGUUGGUAGCGCUGUUGGUAGCGCAGUUGGUGGCGUAGCUGGUGUUGUUGGGAGCGUAGCUGGUGUUGUUGGGAGCGUAGCUGGUGAUGUUGGGACCGUCAUUCCUGGAUUUGGAAACUCAAUUGGGUCUCCUCCUGGAUCGAACUGAUCCCCUCGUCUCAAUUAUAUAUCGGAGUCACAAAUAUUUACCACUAUGAACUAGUAGUAUUAGUACAUAAAAUGUAGAGUUAAUUAUCUAAAUAAUUUAAUAAUAAAUUUUUUUUUUUUUAAGUUAGGGAUAUUAACUUUAAGUUGCAUAGUAUAUGAAUGAUAUGUGUUAAGGGAUAAAAUAUAAUUAUCUCUUCAUGUGUAAUUUAAAGUUAAAUAAUAAUAAAUAAAUAAAAUGUAAAAGGUACU